AUGCCCAACAACUCAAACGACCGUGGAUAUGAACAUGCAAUUGCGCCCAAAGAAGAGAUCUUGGAGUUUGAUUUGCCAUCUGACCAUGCAUUCCCAACUCAUUUUGGGAACAAUGAUGCAAGCUCAUCAGGGAGCAAUAUGAGAGCAAAUAUGAUUGGGAUGGGAUUUUCACCGUCUCUCGUGGACAAAGUGAUUGGAGAAAAGGGUGAAGAGGAUGCCGAACUGUUGUUGGAGACACUUUUAUCAUAUCAAGAUGCACAGAAAUCAGAUUCUGGGUUAUCAGAUUCCCUUGAUAGCUUAUUUGGCGACAAAGAUUCAAGCAGUGUCCCGGAGGUCUCUAGUAUUAUUCAACCAAAAGAGGAGCCUGAUUUACCUGAUGGACUUGAAGAUGAAAAAAAGGCAUCCUUACUUAUGAUGAAUUUUUCUAGAGAUGAAGUUGAGUUUGCACUGAAUAGACUUGGUGAAGAUGCUACAAUCAAUGACUUGGUUGAUUUUAUCAUUGCUUCUCAGAUAUCUGUGAAACUUGAAAAUGAUGUAGAUACAGUCCAUGGUGAUGAAGAAAAGGAGAGAAGAGUGAUUGAAAAGAAGAAAAGUUUAAUUUUUCACUUUUGCUGUGUACUGUAUAAUUGUACAGUGAUCGAACCUUUUGAUUCCCAGGAUACUAGCGAUGAAAAUUUAUAUGGAAUCAUGGAGAAGUCAAUUCGUUUGCUUGAAAUGGGUUUCUCUGAGAACCAAGUUUCUGUUGCAAUUGAAAAGUUUGGUUCAGGAGCUCCACUUACAGAUCUUGCAGAAUCAAUCGUUACAGGAAAAAUUUAUGAUGAUUGCUAUGAAGAAAAAAUUAAGUGCUCCACAUCCCAUUCAGAUCAUUCACGCAACGUGUCCAGAUUUUUGGGAACGGCAUCAUAUGGUUCAGUUAAAGUUGAAAAUGAGGAUUUUUAUCCAGAUACAGCUUCUGGAUCAAGGGAUCGUGACUUAGCAGAAAAUUAUCUAGGGAAGCGCCCUAAGCAAGAGAUCAUCGAUGAUUCAAAUUCUGUUCCUCAGUUCAGGGUGUCCAGGCCUAUAGAUUUUGGGGAAAAUCGUAAAGGGAAAAGGCCAAAACGAGAGUAUGUUGAUCAUUCAAUCUCUUCUGCAUGGAUGGAAGAAAAAGUAGACCCUGAGAUUUGCAAAGUUGGAAAUCUGAAAGUUAAGAGUGGGAACAAAAUGGUCGGUAAGGCCCCAUAUUUCUUAUAUGGAAAUGUUCUGAAUCUACCGUAUGAUUCCUGGUCUAAAGUUUCUCAAUUCUUGUACGACCAUCAACCUGAAUAUGUCAAUAGUCAGUUCUUCUCAGCUUUGAAUAGAAAGGAAGGGUAUGUACACAAUCUCCCAACCGAGAACAGGUUUCGCAUUCCUGAAGAGCCACCUAUGACCAUUCAGGAUGUAAUACCAUAUGCAAAGAAUUUGUGGCCUCCGUGGGAUACAAGGAAGCAAUUGACCUGCAUCAGUUCUGAAACCAGUGGCAUAUCUCAGUUGUGUGAUAGGCUUGGAAGAAUGGUUUCUGAUUGUGGUGGAAUGCUCUCACCUGAGAAACAGAGAGAAAUCCUUCAUCAUUGCAACUUAUUAAAUCUUGUAUGGGUUGGCCGAAACAAGUUGGGUCCUUUACAGCCUGAAUACUUGGAACAAAUCUUAGGCUAUCCAUUGAAUCACACUAAAGUUGGUGAGAGUGGUUUGAUUGAAAGACUUAUUUCCCUCAAGUAUAGCUUCCAGACAGACACAUUGGCCUAUCAUCUUUCUGUUUUAAAGCAUUUGUACCCAGCAGGAAUAACAAUGUUCUCAAUUUUUAGUGGAAUAGGAGGGGCAGAGAUAGCUUUACACAAGCUCGGCAUUCAUUUGAAAGGUGUUGUAUCUGUAGAGACUUGUGCGACAAAGAGAAAGAUUCUUAGGAGGUGGUGGGAAACUACUGGCCAAAUUGGGCAGUUGGAGCAAAUUGAUGACAUCCAAAAGCUAUCAAGCAGCAAACUUGAAAGUCUGAUGAAAAGGUUUGGUAGUUUUGAUUUCCUUAUUUGUCAGAAUCCAUGUAGUUCUUCAGUUUCCAAAGUUCCUGCACAAAGUGGUGCGGAUCCAGGUUUUGACUUCUCGUUGUUUUAUGAGUUUGUUCGUGUCUAUCAACGUGUAAAAAAUAUGAUGGAUAGAAAGAGCUGACAUAUUUCUUCAUUCCUUGUAGUGCUUCAGUAGAACAUUGUUUGUUUGUUUUUCCUAGGAAUAAUGUCAACAUUUCUUUCUUGAAGUUGGAUUUUGGCCUUGGCAAAAGAAAUGUCAUGCACUCGUACCAUUUUAGUUUAGAUAA